UUAUUCUUGAUCAUCAUCAAUCCAAUUUGUUUUAUUCAGAGUGGAAUGGAAUUCUUCCAAAAGGCCAAAGUGGUGCGCCUGAGGAGCCACCAUGAUAAAUACAUGUUGGCACAUGAUGAUCAAGAAAAUGUGUACCAAGAUCGUAAUGGGUGCUACGACAAUGCUAAAUGGACGGUGGAGAUUGUAGAGAAUGCAAAUGUAAUAAGGUUGAAGAGUUGUUAUGGGAAAUACUUGACAGCCUCUAAUAUGCCAUUCAUUUUGAGGGGCAGGGGAAAGAAAGUGUUGCAAACAAAGCCUCAAAGGUUAGAUUCUUCUGUGGAAUGGGAACCCAUUAGAGAAGGAGUUCAGGUGAGGCUAAAGACACGUUAUGGACAAUAUCUUCGUGGCAAUGGAGGCUUACCACCUUGGAGGAACACCAUUACACAUGAUGUCCCACAUAGGACAGCAACAGCUAAUUGGGUUUUGUGGGAUCUGGAUAUUGUUGAGCUUCUACCACAAGCACAAACUCCAAAACCAAGAAGAAGGCCUACACCUAUUACCCCACCAGAUCGUUCUCUGAGUCAAAGUCCAAUAGAUGUUUCUCCUUCUUCUUCUUCAUCUCCUCUAUCACUUUCAAAUAUUAGCUCCCUUGUCAGAAUUGAUCUCAGGAUUAUAUUUUAUGAUGUGGGUGAUGAAAACGGUGAUGUUGAUGAUGCAAAGAAAGGGGCUUUCUUUACCUUUAAAGGAAGUAGUGUGAAGGAGUUGGAGGAUAAGUUGAAGGAGGAAACAGGGCUUGAUGAUAUACUUGUUUGUUGCCGCAACCCAUUGACUACGAAACUUCAUCCCAUUCGUUUACAACUACCUCCUAACAAUACUGACAUGCAUGUUGUGGUGGUUUCUUCUUCAUUCAAAGCGAGCAAGCCAACUAGUCAGACAUUUAAACCACAAGGCAAGAAGACCCAUCAUGAUGUUGCUGCUGGAGUUUAG